ACAAUCUCUUGCCUGAGAUACAAUCAGGAAAUCGGCGUCCAUGCUGGUAUUUCGCGGUCCGUGAGGCGACUUAAGGUUUGAGAGCGUCGUGGGGUUUGUGGCGCCGAUCGCUAGAUUUCUGCCUCUGUCGCCUCUCAUUUUCCUCCUGGGGAUGGCGACGUACACCUGCAUCACCUGCCGGGUGGCUUUCGAGGACCCGGAGAUGCAGCGGGCCCACUACAAGACGGAUUGGCACCGCUACAACCUGAAGCGAAAAGUGGCCGACAUGGCCCCGGUGACGGCCGAGGGCUUCCAGGAGCGCGUGCGGGCGCAGCGGGCUGUGGCGGAGCAGGAGAGCAAGGGCACGGCCACCUACUGCACCGUCUGCAGCAAGAAGUUCGCCUGCUUGAACGCCUACGAAAACCACCUCAGGUCCCGGCGGCAUGUGGAGCUGGAGAGGAAGGCGGUGAACCGCCAGGUGGAGAUGAUGAACGAGAAGAACUUGGAGAAAGGGUUGGGCAUGGGCAGUGUUGACAAGGACACCAUGAACACGGCCAUCCAGCAGCUCCUCCGGGCGCAGCCGUCUCCCAAGAAGGCCCCCCCGGCGCCUAGGGAGGAGUCCGGGAGGCCCGGGGCGGCGGCCGAAGGGGGACGUGGAGCCGACGACCGGGACCCGGCCGAGAAGCCUCCCCGGUUACAGUGGUUUGAGCGGCAGGCGAAGAAGCUGGCUAAGCAGCGGGGGGAGGAGGAGAGUGAGGAGGAGGACCUGGAUGGAGACGAUUGGGAAGAUAUUGAUUCUGAUGAAGAAUUGGAGUGUGAGGAUGCUGUAUCGAUGGAUGAGUUGGAGGAACAGGAUGCAGAGGAGGAAGAGGCUGGGGGAGGCACCCCCCUUGGUGCCAUCUCUAUAAAGGACUGCUUGUUUUGUCCCCAUCAUUCAAGCUCCCUCAUGAAGAAUGUGGCUCAUAUGACUAAAGUCCAUAGCUUCUUUAUUCCUGAUAUAGAAUAUCUUUCUGAUCUUAAGGGACUGAUUCAGUAUUUGGGAGAGAAGGUUGGUGUUGGGAAGAUUUGCUUGUGGUGCAAUGAGAAAGGGAAGUCCUUCUACUCCACAGAAGCUGUACAAGCGCACAUGAAUGACAAAAGCCACUGUAAGCUCUUCACAGAUGGUGAUGCUGCUUUGGAAUUUGCAGACUUCUAUGACUUUAGGAGUAGCUAUCCAGAUCACAAGGAAAGGGAGGAGGCUGAUGAGACUGAGGAGUUGCCCUCAGAAAAGACCUUGGAUUAUGAUGAUGAAACCAUGGAGCUGGUUCUGCCUUCUGGUGCCAGAGUGGGUCAUCGCUCCUUGAUGAGAUACUACAAACAGCGAUUUGGCCUGUCAAGAGCUGUGGCAGUUUCCAAGAAUCAGAAGGCCGUGGGCCGGGUUCUCCAGCAGUACAGAGCCCUGGGGUGGACGGGCAGCACAGGAGCAGCUCUUAUGAACAAGCGGGACAUGCAGUAUGUUCAGAGGAUGAAGUCAAAGUGGUUGCUGAAGAUGGGCAUGAAGAACAAUGCCACCAAGCAGACGCACUUCAGGGCCCAGGUGAUGUUCUAAGGGUCUGCCUCAGGUGGAGUCCUCCGUCUCUGCACCGGUGUCCUUGCCUGAGAACCAGCAGAAGCCGAAUUGUCUGACAGCCUUUUUGCUGCUACUUCUCCCUGUACUUCAUCUCUUCUGACCUAAUAAUAAAAGGCAGAAUCGUA